AUGCAGGAGGUGGUGAAGAAACGGCCAAUAAUCUCUGCAAGGGAAAGAGGCCCAGGCCCUGGACGCUACGCUUUGCCCCCUACAGUGGGAUACAUCAACCAUGACUUCACCAAGCCCAGCAGCCCAGCUUACUCAUUUCACAGCCGCAUGAGCAGUGCCAUGGUCUCAGUGGACUCUAGUCCAGGACCUAGGUACCACAUUGAUGCCAAGGUCACCCGCUUUGGGCGAAUGGAAACCCCGUCAUACUCCAUUCUGGGCAGAGGAAGGCGCACAGGGAGAAAAGUGUUGCAGACCCCUGGACCGGGGGCCUACAGCCCUGAAAAAGCUCCUCCUCUCAAUGCUCACCAGAGACCACCAUCCUACACCAUGGGCAGCCGUACCAGAUACCGCUCAGUGGACACUGUGCCGGCACCAAACAGCUACAGUCUUCCUAACCUGCUGGGCUGUCAGAUCCCCAACAAACCCUCCACUGCCAGCUUUAGCUUCUCAGGCCGCAGGAAGGUUGGAGCUCCAUCAGAGGACCUCUCCAUGAGCCCUGGACCUGCAAAGUACAACAGCAUCAAUCCAGACAUCUACCGCCAGCGUCAGCCUUCAUUCUCCAUGCAGGGCCGGACAAAGAAGCCGAAUUAUUCCUCUGCCAUUCCCGGACCGGGCACUUACAGCCCAGAGAAGUUUUACACACACCUCCCCAAACCUCCGUCCUGUACUAUGGGCAUCAGACACUCAGAGUUUGUCACCCCACUUGUGGUGCAUGUUAUGGACUGA